AAAAGGGUGCCGCCAUAGAAAUCGACUUACCUUCACAGAAAUAACACUCACUUCAUUUUUAUCGCGACAACACAUAUGUUUAAAUGCACUAAUCGCAUCUAAAUUAAAUUAUCUAGACAUUGUCAGGAUAGAUUUUUGAUCCAUGCUUUUGAAAGCGUGAUAUUCAAUAAGCAAGUUGAAAUACGGCGUUUUCAGCUAUACAAUUCUUCCUUCAGAAAAAGACUUACCCGACCGCUAAAGUCAAUGAAUCAUUCUGAAAUUUUCACAGAAUAAUCUAAACUAAUUUUCUAAGAGAUUGUCAGUUGGGUUUUUUGAUAUUCGUCACCAUUUCUGAGAAAAUCAGAUUUGAAGCGUGAAAAAACACCUCUAAAUGUAUUAUUAACGGAUCUUCACGAUAGUUGAUUUUUAUCAUUCAAUUUGUAAUGUUUAAAAACAAGUAAUUACAUGGAAGAAAAAAGUACGGGUGUGUAAUGUCAGAGACAUAACUGAAUGUCGUGAAUACGAAUAAAACUGACACUCUUUCUUUAUACUUCCGAAUAUCAAUUAGUUGAUCGAUUGUGUUCAUUGUGCAAGCUUUCCCCUUUUUCACUUCUAGAAUUUGAAACAAUACACCUAAACUCAAGUACAGAUUAGUUACAUUGAACAUUCUGACAUACAAUUAAAUGUUACGAAAUAACCAGUAUAGUUUUUUAUGAUAAAAUAAUUGUGGUUCUAAAAGAAACCUUUUAUGAAGGCGUUCGUAAUGGAGAGUGACGAGUUGAGUUCGGAUCUAUUCUAAGUCGAUGCUAUGCAUUUAAAUAUAGCAAAUCAGCAGAAAAUUCUACUACAAACUACAACUGGUUGAAAAUGGGCUGUAAAUAGUAUAGCGAAGGAAAAUUUCGCAUAAUUCUUUGGGUAUUCAAUUAUAGUUCUAAUAACAACAUACAGAAUUUCUAUAUCGAUAAUUUCAUUUUGGAUUUGUAUAAUACAGUGAAAGAAACUAUUAAGAAGGGCAAAAUUUUGUAAUCCUCUAAGAUAUUAAACACUGUUUGGAUAUAAACGAUAUUAGACACUGUUGUGAAUCUUGCACUACAAAAAUUUCACAAAGCUAAUCAAAUUAUUCCAGAUUUGCACUAGAUUGAUGGUUUUAGUUACCGAAUUGCAAAGAAGCAAUCUUCAUAGUUCUUUAGAUAAAAUUUCGAGCAUUUAGCAUUUUGCUCCAAUGCAAACGACCAGCAGCAGGAUGACGUAAUUGAUCGUCUUUGAAGGGAAACUAGCUCUGCAACCUGGGCGUUUGUGGAUUUGUACCACACAAAAGGUCUGCGCUUUCAUUGCCGUCUGCUCCUCCUGACGACCGAAGUCCAAAUGGGAGCCCUACCUGAGCGUUUGAGGCUUUGUAUCACGCAAAAGGUCUUCUCUCAUUACUGGCGACUGCUGCUCCCGACGAUCGAAGUCCAAAGCAAAGCACGACCUAAGUAUUUGAGGAAUUAUACUUGGUUUGUUCUUAUUGAUAGUGGGAGAGCUUCACCUCGACAUCCACUUCCGUCUGAAGCACUAGAAGAAAUGAACGAUUUUCAAUCAAUGUUUACCUUUUAUACUCUUCCAGUAGAUAAUCGGAACUGAUAUGUGUUUGACUAUCUCAAAACCGUCGUCCGGGUGCGAAAAAGGCAAACAAGCUUGAUGAAUUUUUCUCAUUAUUUCCAAAAGUAUUAGAAAACGUUAUUUUUCAAUUAUUUAUGGUUAUCUCACGCUGUUGAAAAUUCAAUCACAAAUUCCUGAUCAUAUUUCCGAUAGCUUGUAGAAAAAAAUAUGUUGUUGGGUUGAGUACAUCAAAAGAUAUUCGCGAUAAAGUUCUGCCCAUUCUUGUACAGGGUAAAUUUUGAAAAGGCGCCCCAUAGUAAAGUAAGUCGUAUUCACGACAAAAAACGGAUAAAACUCAGAAGCUAGAUGGAAAUAGAUGAGAGAUCAUAUUGUCGUAAAAUGAUGAGAAAAUAUUUUUGAACAAAACUCUUUAUUGAAUGAAGAGAUAAUUGAAUAACCAGAUGUGAAACGUAGAAAAAAUCUGAUAACUGAAGGAAAAAAGAAACUCCUGCAAUUGUCGCCGUUUACGACAUGGGAUCAGGAACCCAGUGGAUCAAUUCUUGGUUAAGUUUUUUCCGCCAGAUUCCACACGGCAUCUUGGCUGGUCCUGUCCGAACAAAGAUAAUAGCCCCUUUUUAGCACAAACCGGUACCCUUGAGAUACCAAAAGUUAAAUGACUACAUUUGUUACAUUCGAAAUUAUUUGUGUCGUCCUUUUCAAUUGAGAUAAAUUGUAGAAUAUUUUGCAAUUGUCAAUUAGUAACUUUCAACAAAGAAAUGCUUACUGAAAUAAAACAUUUUAUUUUAAACUAGUACGUAUCGGGUUUGCGUUUAAAAAUUUUCUUUUAAAAAUGGUUGGGUCUCGGGUAUUUGAACCCAAACGAUUUCCUCGGGAUCUGAUCAGGUCCAGACUUAAAAAACAAAUUUUCGUCUUGUUUAGGUCUAAUACGGGUGAAGAUUUUCGUUUUUUUAUCGGGAAAGAAUCGAGUUCGAGUUUGGAAAAAAAUUCUUUCGGGUACGGGUCAGGUUCGGGCUAAAAAAUUGGUAAAAUCUUGACUGUUUAGGACGAAUGUGCUGAAUGGACACUCAUUCCAAUCGCGUCGAGUCAAUUCGACCGACUAACCUUAGCCGGUUAGAUUGAAGUCAUCAAAUAAAUGUCCUGUCAUGGCCAGCUGCGAUCGAUUUCCACUAGGAAAUUAAUGUUGAAAUGAUUUCUAGCCGGUAGUUUCUUUUUGGGUUCCAGUAGAGAUCGUCGAAUUCAAGGCAUUUGCAUUCGAAAACCGACCCGGACCCGUGCGCAAAUUGUUCGGGUCAGAUUCGGGUCCAGAAUAGAAAAUUUGUCGGAUUAGGGUCGGGUACCGAUAAAUUUUCAGUUUUCAUCGGGUACGAGUCGGGUUCGGAUUUGGAAAAAAAUACUUUCGGGUCCGACCAUCUCUAGUUUCCAGAGGCUUAAGCUUUUGCUGUACAGUACAUAAACUUGACUAUUUUCUAUGAAGAAGAUUUUUUUGAAUUCUGUAAAUCAGAUACAUAAAAAACUGAUUCACAUGUUUUGCAUCAUAUAACAGUUCACUCAGUUUCUAUCGAUUUUUACCAUUUUAUUCCAUACACAUGCACACUAUGAUCUAUAUGCACCCGAAAUAAGACAAGAUACACAAGAUAUUUACACAAUUGCAACCAUUCCAUAACAAUGACUCUUCCUCAAAAUGUAACACGUUCCGAACUCAGUACAGUCGUAGUUUCAAAGUUCUAACGAAAUGAAGAAAGAAAACGUGUGCGGACUACUUUUUCUAAGUCUAUUGAUUCAACCAUCGUUUGCAUUUUUCGGCCUAAAAGAAUCGUCGUAUUUCGCACCGUCGAUCGAUAUUUUUCUUGCCAGUGUGAAUUCCUACAGUACAUACUUUUCGAUCGGCUCGACGGUUAGCAGCUUAGCAAGUGUGACGUUCAAUUCGAUAACCUUAAGUGAUUUGUCAACUAGCUUCUACGAUACGUUCAAUGGGCUGUCCAAUCAAAUGACACAAGUGUUCAACGCCAUCAAGAAUGCAGCUAUCGACAAAUCCACGAACAUCGAUACACUUUUUACUACCAUCAAUGCGACUAUUGCAAACGCGAUAUCAUUCAUCUCAUCGAAUAAUCGAACUCUGUGGACAUCGGUACUGAGUUCCAGUACUCUGCCAGAUUUGAGUAACACAUUAUCUGCACUAGAAAAUAUCUCUCAAAAAUUGAAUAUGGAUAUCUAUCCAAAGUUACUCGUUCUCCGUGCGGCCAAUCCCGUUUUCGUAACUCCCGCAACUAUAUUUGCAACUCUGCCACAAACACUUCUUUCAGAUUUUGCCGGCAGUAUCCGACAAUUAAGUAAAUUCGAAAGCACUACCACUGUUCCUUUCAUUCAGUUUUUCAUACAAACGAUAACACUAGCAAACUCCAAUCUCGGAACAUAUAUAUCAACUAUGAGUACGAGCUAUUCCACUCUGGACACUACCGUCAGACAAGCAUGGCAAACGACGUCAACGCUUCCGGACACCUACAGCUCAUCAACUAAUUCUCUUUACCAACCGAUACAAUCUUUGGUCGAUACCUUCACGAAACUGAUGAAUGCGUUCACCGAUCUUUACCUUGGUUCUUCAGUAGAUACAGAUUCUCGUGCUGUGUCCAUGUUCAGGAAUAGCUAUAUCAACAAUGCUACAGAUCAAACCUCAUCAAUCCUCAAAAGAUUGGACUAUUUCCAGACAAAACUUAGUGACCAAAUAUUGAACUCGGCUAGCGACAUGCUGAGCUUCGGUGCCCAGUCAUUCGAAAAUGUUAGUCUGCUGAUGCUUCAGAAGACCAACGGAAUCGCAUGUGCCGGAACACCAACAGUUCAAUCGUUCGUUAACAGUUACUCGAAUGCCCUAACCGAUAUGAAAACUUGCUUGUCGGGGACUGCUUUUGAUUUCACAACACCUACCAACGCUCAGGUCAAAGUGGCAUCCAACAUACAAACGGAUGUGCUGUACUAUUUGCAGAUGCUGAAAGGAAUGCUUACCGGUGUGAACAAUAACAGUCCAGUUAAUACGCGGAUUGCAACGGAUGCCCGCAUAACGGCGUUCUUCAGUCAAUCGAGUGGCAUCAUCCAAACAUUCGGUCAACAGCUGGUCAACAUGUACGUGCAGCUGGCUUCUGAUUACGAUCUUCUGAUUGGACGAUCCAGUUAUUGCCUAGCUAGGAUCAACGCCGGAUGGAACAUGUUGGCUACGGACUUUGUUAAUGUUUUCAAGCAGUGCUGAAAAAUUUCGAAUAUCAACGAAUAAAUAAAAGAGAAAUCAAGCAAUAAAAUCUUUAUUCAGUUUCAUAUCGAAAUUGUAAAUAUGUACCUAUCUAUAUAUCAUGGACCAUUUAUACUUUUUGCCAAUUUUCUUAGGACAGCUUCGAUUCACUGUCCGAAAUACAACAUAAAAGCAAUCAAACAAAAUUACUGCAUAAACUACUUUAUGACAUCUCUUAUGUUACGUUUAAACCAAUAAAAUCUGUUAGCUAAU